GACGCUGUGUCGUAACUUCCCCCAGAUAUUCAACAUGGAGUGCGGUCUGAAGCUGAAUUUCUGGGAAGACGGACCAAAGCCCGGGCAAUUUUAUUCUUUCCCCGGCGGCAGCAGCAGCAGUGGAUCGGGAACAGCAUGCGGGCCGGUCAGACACACACUUAACCCAAUGGUCACCGGGACGUCGGUGCUCGGUGUGAAGUUCACAGGCGGCGUCAUCAUCGCGGCAGACAUGUUGGGUUCGUAUGGCUCUCUGGCUCGAUUCAGGAACAUCUCCCGCCUCAUGAAGGUGAACAGCAACACCAUCCUUGGAGCUUCAGGAGACUACGCCGACUACCAGUAUCUCAAACAGGUCAUCGAACAGAUGGUGAUCGAUGAGGAGCUGCUGGGUGAUGGUCACAGCUACAGUCCGAAGGCAGUCCACUCUUGGCUGACCAGAGUUAUGUACAACCGUCGCAGCAGGAUGAAUCCUCUGUGGAACACCGUGGUGAUCGGAGGAUUCUACAACGGCGAGAGUUUCCUCGGUUAUGUGGACAAGCUGGGUGUGGCCUAUGAGGCUCCCACAGUGGCCACUGGCUUUGGAGCAUACUUGGCUCAGCCUCUGAUGAGGGAGGUGUUGGAGAACAAGGUGGAGAUCACUAAGCAGGAGGCUCGGGACCUGGUGGAGCGCUGCCUCAAAGUGCUUUACUACAGAGACGCUCGUUCCUACAACAGGCAUGAGAUUGCCAUAGUAACAGAGGAGGGCGUGGAGAUCAUUGGUCCUCUGUCUUCUGAAACCAACUGGGACAUCGCUCACAUGGUCAGCGGGUUUGAAUGAAGACGAGCUACGACUGAUGAGGCCUCGCUCUUUCUCUGCUGCAUCACAGCCAAUGACCGCUCACAUGCAUCUUAUCUAUUACAGUUUAGGUUUUUUCUGAUGUUCAGUGUCUCUUUUGUAUAAUGGAAAUAAAUGUCAUAAAUCAAAAA